AGGCGGGGCGAAGCGCGAGCCAUUUCGGUGCGGGAACCCUCGGGAUUGGCCAGGAGGAGGCCCAGGCUCUGACUCCGCCCACCCCCACCCUGAACUUCCGAGUCGGAGACGCUGGGGAUUGGUUCCCGGGGGCACACGCCGAAGCCAGGAGAUGGUCCCGCCUUCCUCGCGCGGCCCGGAGAGGGCGCUUCACAGAUUGGUCCCGGGAGUAUCGGCGCGCGCCGACCGGCGCUCCAGGAUUGGCUGAGGGGAUGCGACGGAAAGCGUUGACAGUGAUUGGCUGGAGGGUGGAGUCAACUAUUUGAAGGAGGCGCGCGGACCAGAUACGCACUUCAGUCCGCGGACAGAGGAGGUGUGAGUUACGGUUGGCCACACUGUCCUGCUAACCCGACGGGACCCCGACGCGGGCUCGGCCCCAUCUCUGGCCCUUGCCGCGGCCCGGCGAGGCGAUGGCCAAGGUGUCGGUGCUGAACGUGGCGGUGCUGGAAAAUCCGAGUCCUUUCCACAGCCCCUUACGGUUCGAAAUCAGCUUCGAGUGCAGUGAGGCCCUGUCGGACGACCUGGAGUGGAAAAUCAUUUAUGUUGGCUCAGCGGAGAGUGAAGAGUUUGAUCAAAUCCUAGACUCAGUGCUAGUCGGCCCUGUCCCAGCAGGGAUACACAUGUUCAUCUUCCAGGCUGAUGCCCCCAAUCCGUCUCUCAUCCCUGAGACUGAUGCUGUGGGUGUGACCGUGGUCCUUAUCACCUGCAUCUACCAUGGGCAGGAGUUUAUCCGCGUGGGCUACUAUGUCAACAACGAAUACCCUAAUCCUGAGCUGCGGAAGAACCCGCCCCUGAAGCCAGACUUCUCUCAGCUCCAGCGGAACAUCUUGACUUCGAACCCUCGAGUGACCCACUUCCACAUCAACUGGGACAACAACAUGGACAGACUGGAGGCCAUAGAGAGCCAGGACCCUGUCCUGGGCUGUGGCCUCCCCAUCAGCUGAGCUCCUAUCAAGGGCCUGGGUCUCACUGCCUGCAUCCUCGGCCUCCUCCCCGAGAACUCCAUGAACUGCAUCUAACCACAGGAACCUAGGGUUUCCUGGGCCCAGCCAGAACUGUGGCCAGUCUCCCAGCACAUCUGGAGGGAGCACCUAGGCCUCCUGGAUAGGGCCAUGUGGAAGACUUUGGGGCCAUCAGCUACAUCCAGGCCAGUUGAACUUGGUGCCAAGGAAGGAAGGGGCCUCAGGUUUCUCUUAGUCGUGGCCCAGAAGGAUCAUCUUACCUCUACUGCCCAGGCCUGUAAGAAGCAGGUACUUUAGUUCUUAAUUCCUUCUUCCUCGUGUCCUUUCUCUCUUCUACACACUACAAAUUUCACCUGUAGGCCAUUGUCCACCAUGCCCAUGUGAGUCCCAUUGACCCAGAGCUCUUCCCACAGGCCUCCCUGGCCUGCCUUGAGGCUUUCCUUGUCAAUGCCUGGCAAGAUUCCAACCUGUUGAGCCAAAGGCUCUGUCAUUCCACUUCCUCCCCAGCCAUCUCAGCACAUCUACCCAGAUUUGUGGAGUCAAAGGCAGGGAAUUUUGUUUAGAAGAUGAACUCAGACACAAGUUCUUUCCUCCCAGGACGAUUUGUAGGUCUUUUCAAUCCAGCAGCCCCCAGAAAACUCUGUUCCCAAAGGUGUGAUCAGCAGGAUGCUGAGGAAUGAUGGUUGUUAAUUCUCAGUCGUAACCACCUUCCUCACUGGAUCUGGCUUUCCCUGGAGGCAGCCAUGGUGGGGAGCUGGCAUGUAUGUUGGAGGGACAUGUUGUGCUCAGUCUGUUGGCAUCAGGGUCCCUUUGGCCCGGCUGCCUUGUUCUGCCCUCUGCUAAGACCCCACACUCAGGCCUCAGAGUGAUUGCAGACACGGGAAGCAAUAGGAACCCUGAAAACCUUCCUCCCCUGCCAUGUUCCCUGCCUCGCCCCAUCCCCUUGCUGCUACUUGAAUGCUGUUGUGAUUAUAGUUUGUAUAUUAAAGGGUUUUUAUAUUAAAUAUGUCUGGUUGGCCCAAAAAUAAA